AUGUCUCGAUUAUGUUCGAUAAAGUCAUGCACACGUAUAUCACGUUGGCUGUGUGAUUGUUGUCGACAAAAUCUUUGUUUACAACAUUUAAAUGAACAUAAUGCUUUACUCAUUUCUCAAUUGAAUCCUUUAACUGAUGAAAUUAAUGCACUUGGAGAUCGUCUCAAAACAUUAACUAUUCAAAAAACAAUUGUCAAUAAUCUUGAAAAACUUGAACAAUGGCGUCAAGAUUGUUAUAAGGCAAUUGAUUGUUUAUUUGAACAAAAAUGUCAAGAACUUCAUCAACUUGUUAAUGAAAAAGUUGGUCAACAACGCGAAGAACUCAAUCAAAUACAUUUGAAGAUAACUGAACUUAUUAAUUCACAAGAAGCAACUCGCCAAGAUAUCGAAUUAUUAGCAUCAAUCAUUCGUCAAAUCGAAACAAAUAUGAAUGAACUUGAAGAAACAUGUUUUGCAAUUAAUAUUAGUCCAUUACUGAUAGAUGAUACGCUCAUUUCUAUAGAAAAUCCGACUGAAUAUGAACUUGAUCUAUCAACUCUUUCACCUGCUUAUAGAACAAUUCAUUAUCCUAAGGGAAGUUUUAUAUCACUAACUGGCAACGAUCGAUAUUUAUUGAUUCAUCGAUAUCCAAAUUUAUGCUUACUUGAUCGAGAAAUGAACAUAGUCAAACAAACCUUAUGGUCGAAUGGUGAGAUUCGAGACAGUUGCUGGUCAUCAACAUUAGAUCAAUUCAUUAUACUUGGAAAAAAAGACAUCUUUCUCAUUAACGAAAGCACAAUGUCCAUUGAAAAUGUUCAGACAGUUGAAGAACGAUACUGGCUAUCAUGUACAUGUUCUGAUACAGUUCUCUUUGCAUGUACAAAUGAGCGUGCCUCAUCUGUUCUGGAAUUCACAUUAUUUCCAUCAAUCGAAUUCACUAGAGAAUGGAAAUAUCCUGUUACAUGUACCGACGAUGAAAUGAUUGAUGAUAUUGUUUACAGUACAGGAAAUAUUGCUCUCACGGUCAAGAAUGUAAUCGAGAAAUCGGUGCGCAUUGAAUUAAGAUAUGCAAAGACGUUCUAUCGCAUCUGGACACUUCAACUUGAUAUUAGGUACUUCAAAACGAUACCAUUUCGCUGUUGUUUACUCACUUGUAAUGAAUGGCUCAUUGUCGACCAUGAAACUGGACGUCUGUUUCAUAUUAGAAAAGACGGAAAAAUUAAGAAAAUAAUUUCAUAUUACUCGAGUCCCUACCGUGCUUUUCUGUUGGACUCAAACAAGCUUGCUGUAUCGACUAUGGAUGGUGUGAAUCUACGUACACUUCAAUAA